AUGCGGGUGGCAGUCAUCGGUGCCGGGCCUUCGGGUCUAGUGACACUAAAGUAUCUGCUCUCAGCUUGUGACUCUCUGGGUUCUGACCCUGUCGAACCGAUCUUGUUCGAGUCCGAGUCAUUGAUGGGGGGGACGUUUGUUCAUCGCACAUAUGAGGAUGGAGAGCUUGUAUCUUCGAAACAGCUUACGACAUUUUCCGACUUUAGGCCUCAGGACUCUGACCCGGACUUCCAUUCGACUGACCGUUAUGUCGAGUACCUCAACGAUUACUGCACACACUUUGGGCUUUGGGAGCACAUCAAACUUUCGAUUACCGUUGUCUCGAUCCGCAAAAAUGGGAACAGGCGCCAUAUCAUUACUUAUCGGCAGCAAGACGGUCCACAGACUGCAGAACACGAAUGCGAUGCCGUGGCCAUUUUCUUUCACUCGUCCGAGUUCAAGAAUAGGAGCCAGUUUGGAGUGGGGAAAACGGUGCUUAUCUUGGGUAGUGGCGAAACGGCCAUGGAUCUGGGAUACCUCGCCAUGCACAGCCCCAUCAAAAGAGGCUUGAUGAGCCACCGCGAUGGAUUUUUGUGCGCGCCCAAGAGAGUUCCUGAUCCUGUCAUUUUGCCCAUUCUUGGUAACAAGCCUGACCCGAACAGACUCAACGUGCCGGUCGACAGCGGCAGUGCUAGUCUUUUUGAUACGGCCUACGUCCACCGCCGUAUGAGAGACCAAAUGUUGCUGUGGCAUUACUAUGAUAUCUUUAUCCAAUCGACCCUUUGGUUGGUUGGCGGCUCCAAGUAUGGAAUGGCACAGUGGAUAGGGGGGAUAUCGGAUGAGCGGUAUCACGCCAUUUUCUUCAACAAAUCCAACAAGGCCAUGCCAUAUCUAUCAGCCCCAUAUCGCCAAGAGCGGGAAUCGUCCAUUGUCCAGAGAAUCAGGUCUUCCCUCAUUCAGGUGCCAAUAGCAGAGACUGGUGGUCGACACAUUGACCUGGCACCCUGGCCUACCCACUUUGACGAACAAGGCAUCGUUCAUUUUCGGAGCAACAACCGUCCCGAAUUCCACCGCCUGAAGGGCCAAAGGAUCAAGCCUGAUGUGGUGAUAUUUGCAACAGGAUACACACAGACUUUCCCUUUCUUCUCCGAUGAUCACCCUACGCCAGAAAGCCUUGAUACACGAUCCAUCUGGAAGUCGACAGAUCCUUCUGUUGCUUUUAUUGGGUUUAUCCGCCCAUCCUUUGGCGCCAUACCGCCGUUGUCCAAACUACAAGCUCAACUUUGGGUUGUCAACCUUUUGCGCCCUGGAUUAGUACCAAGGCCCUUGAGCAUCACGGAUGAGCCACAUUACAAACUCAAAAUGAACAACAGAUCGCGAAUCCAGUACGGAGUGGACCACGAGAGCUAUGCAUAUCAGCUUGCACUUGACAUGGGAGCUGCAUCAGGAUUCUCCCAAGUUUUAUCGCGAGGAUGGGCAUAUCAAACGUCAAAGGGCAGACGCAAUGGCGGGUGGUACAAGUUGCCUCUAGUAUGGGCUUUGGGAGCUAAUUUCAACACCAAAUUCCGGUUGACGGGCCUAUGGAAGUGGAAAGGUGCAGAGCACGUGUUGGUGGAGGAGCUGUGGGCCACGGUUGAGCGAAGAGGAGGGUUCUUUGGCCAUGUUACACUCUCUGGCUUGCCUAUGGAUGUCUUUGGGUGCAUCAGCUUGGUGCUGUGGGUGUUGGAGCCUGUUAUGAACAUAUUGGGGAUGCUAAUGUGA